AUGAAGAUGGACGAAGGUAGUUCAAGAGACUUCGAAGACACGGCGAAACUCUCCUCUGCUUUUCAACGCUCUGAAAUAGCAGAAGAAGUUGUCAACGAACCAAUAUUGGUUGGAGAAGUGGACACAGUACAAGACUUAAUCUUUUUGCUUCAGGGUGUCGACCCUUUAUACGUGCGCGACAACAACAAAUUCCCACCUUUUUCUUCGGAUGUAAUUCCAAUACUAGAAACAGUCUCAACACGACUGAAAGAGUUUAUUUUGUUUAAGGCAACGUACACGCCAGAAAGUUUUGUUCAAAGAGCUGUGUACGCAACAGCAGAAACAAUAUUGAGAGAGUACUUUUCAUACGUCGCUGAGAUAGACGCGAGUCUACACCAAUCGGAAUUAGUCACAAUACUUCAAAUGUACAAACAUGGGUUGUACUGCCAAGACUGUAUAUCCAAUUUGGACGAAAUAGUGAGGAAAAGCUGCACGUUGAAAGGAGGAGAGUUGUUGUCGUAUUUACACCGAGAAACUCGCUCACCACAUAAAAUGCGGAAUUCUAUCGCAAAGAGAAUGCUAGAGGAAGCGUCUGUGCCGCUUUAUCAGAUGAUUUACGACUGGGUGGUCAGAGGACAAUUCACUGACCCUCACCACGACUUCUUUUUAACUAUUAAAACAACACCAGCGCUGCUAGAAACAACACAUAUUCAAAACAACUUAGUGCCGUCCUUUUUGUGUCAGAUAGCGAGUGGGAUUAAAUUUAUCGGAGAAGCUGUCAUAUUUCUGCAGGACAUCGGGUGUGACGUAAAUGAUUUGACCGAUGAAAUGGAGAGCAACAAAAAUUUAUUUUGUCUCGAUCAAACGGAGAAUAACAAUUUCCAAAUUUUUGUGAAUCAGCUGAACAACAAAACUCAUAAGAAGACAGUGGAAUUGUUACAAGAAAAGUACACCCCACUUGAACAUACGUUCUUGAUUAAACAAUACAUGCUUCUGUUUAGAGGAGAUUUUGCAACAAAUUUGAUUGAUUCGAUAAAUCAAACACUGACAUGUGGAACAAUGACACAAGCGGAUUUGACGUCGUAUUUUAGAUCGGCUUUAAAUCUGACUAAUUGCUUUACGGACCGACUGUGUUGCAGAGCAGAAGAAGGCGGUGUGAAGAACAUACAAUUUGAUGUGACGAUUUCAUACAAAUUACCAAAGCCAUUGGGACUGAUCAUAUCACAGAAGCAAGUUGAGACAUACAACGAUAUAUUCAAGUUUCUGUGGAGAGUGAAGUGUCUGAGGAUUUCGAUCAACAAAGUGUUUAAAAGGAUGUUUCCGUUUUUUGUAUCUUCCGCACUCAUUGAUGGGAUUCCCGUGUUUUUGCAUCGGUUCAGAAUUAAGUUUGUGGAGUGUGCGAGGUUUGUGGAGUCACUCGAAGAGUACAUGUAUGUGCACAUGCAAGAGUGUUACGACCACUUUGAAGAGGCGUGGAAAACAGCGAAUGACUUGUAUGCUUUGAGCUCCAUACAUGGUGCGUAUGUUGAUGAAAUAGCUCGAGUUUUGUUUAUUAGUUCACCCACGAUUUCAGUGAUCACGACAUCGAUUAUCAAUUUCAUAUUCACAGCAAUAGAGAAGUUGGACUAUUUCAUCACUAACGUUUCGAUUGAAAUUGAUAGGCGAAAAGGGAUGAAUCGGGUGGACAGAGAGAGGGCGGAGAAGUUCAAUAAUACUGUGGAAGAGAUGGAGAACAGAGUCGAUUUGGAGUUGGACAACUACAAAGCGUUUUAUAACCACUUCCUUUCAGCCAUUGACGAAAUUGACAACAAACAGAGUAGGUUUUUACUCAGGAGACUUAACCCCGAAAUCGAACAUGAGAUGGACAUCAACUUCAGCUUUGUUAUUGAUCCUGAAUAA